AUGGGAAUCCGCACGGAAUCAUUUGUUGUUCUAAGCCUCUUCAUCGCCUGUACACCCGCUGCUGUUUAUAAUUCAGAAAAUAUAGGCUUUCCUGAAUACUUGAGUCAAAGAAUUAAACAACUAGACUUCACAAAAGUUUUAGCAACAGAAAAAUUAAUCCAAAAAGGAGGGAUAACUGAUGUGAUUAGCCCAAAGAUUCCCAUGUCAAUGGAGUAUCGAUGCCUUCACUACAACCAUCUGGUCCUCGGUGACACAGCUUUGGUCCUUGCCUACAUAACUGACUUUUUUGAACCUUAUGAUUUAUCGAACUAUUUAGAUGCCCAUGGAAACUCUUCCUCUGUAAAAUUUAGCAAAUCAUCGGUAAACCUUCCAGUUGGGUUCGAGUUCAAGCUUGUUUUCCGAGUUCUUCAGUCGCAUGGUGAUUAUGGAUUAGUUAUGAUCGACAACAUUACAAUUACUUCAGGACUCUGUGAGCUUUGCAGUCCAAAUGAAUUUCUAUGUUCACCCAAUCGCGAUGAAUGUAUCCCAAUCUAUAACGUGUGCGAUUUUGAACCUGACUGUUUGGGUGGAGAAGACGAAAACAAUUGUGAUUUCGAAAUUCUUGAAGCAAUUUGCAAAGAUUGCAAUACGUCCAGAGGUAAUACAGACAUUCUUGAUAAUGGAGGCACCAAUGAUCAGGAAGCAUGUGCUUCAAAUGCUUUCAGUUCGAAUAGUUGGAAGACAACAGAUUUUUGUUCAAAUUGUGCCACCAACGAUUCCAUGUACUCUUGCCCCACUAACUGUACCUCUUCUGGCCUUUCGUUCACAUGUACAACUGGUGAUGUACCUGUGUAUGCAACCUCUAUUACUGUAUUUGGUUUAAUGCAAGAUUCCUUAGAAUUUAAUGACAGUUUUUCAAACUUGAAAGAAAUUAAUGUAAUAGACAGUAAAUUGAAUAUGUUGCAGAUUACCUCUGAUGUUAGGUUACAAAUAUUGACGAUAAGCAAUAGUAGUAUCGAUAUUGUUUAUAUAGGUGACAGAUUUAACUACCUUCGAUUUGUGCGCAUUUUUAACUGUACCUUUGUUAAGUUUAAUUUUUCUCCCGAAUGGGUUCACAGCUUUGAAUUUUUCGUUCACAAGAGCAUUGUUUAUAAUCCAAAAAGACUCAAUAUUCUUGAAGGGGUUCACGCUGACCUGUCUGAAACCUGGGGAUUUCCUUUUAUGGUAGCAGUAUUUGAACACACUAUAGUUAAUCUAAGCUUUUGUAAUUUAGAUGUUCAACCUUUGGCCUUUACAAUGACAGUAACUUUAGAUCUUAGUCAUAAUAAUCUCUCAACAUGGCAUUAUAUAUCCUUUGUUCAAAACUUGCAUCUUCAGAAUAAUAAUAUUGAAGAAAUUAGGUUCACAAGCGAUUUGCGGCAAUCAGAAGCUCGGUUAAUUUAUUUAGAUCUUUCAGAUAACUAUAUCACUGUUAUAGAUGAAUACGAUUUUAGCGACUUUCCUAAUCUUCUUUACCUAAAGCUUUCUAGAAAUCGUAUUUCGGAAAUUCAUGAAAACGCCUUUUCAUUUGUAUCAAAAUUGCAUUUAUUGGACUUAUCAUCCAAUCACCUUCAUUCUGUAAAACUAAACCUUUUUAUUAGUCUUUCAAGUCUUCAAUAUCUUUAUCUUCAGAACAAUUAUAUAAAAGUUGUGGAAGAAAUGUUUGACGGGUUGAUAAGCAUUGAGCAUCUUCGAGUCGAUUCCUACACUUUAUGUUGCGCGCAACCUAAAACAGUAGGCAAAAUACAAUGCACUGCACCGGUGAAUGAUAUAUCCUCAUGCAACAAUUUAAUUGACACCCCACUACUUAGUACACUUAUUUGGUACAUUGCUCUUUUAGCCGUCUUUGGAAAUCUUUUCGGUCCAUUUUAUAGGGGUUUUAAUUUGAAGUCUAGAAGUCUCUCUUCUUUCGUAAUUUAUUCCACCAAUCUAAGCAUUGCAGACUUUCUGAUGGGAGUAUACCUGUAUAUCAUAGCCGGAGCUAAUUUAAAGUUCAGUGGUCGUUACGGUUUUGAGGACGAAGGAUGGAGACACAGUCACAUCUGUACUGUUGCUGGUGUUCUGGCUACUCUUUCAAGCGAAGCCUCCGCUCUGUUUGUUCUCUUGAUCACCAUUGACAGAAUAAUCAUCAUACGAGAUCCAUUGUCAAGUCUGCAGAGAAGUAACUUCGUUUCAAAAAUUAUGACCGGUACAGUAUGGACUAUAUCAUUAUUUCUCUCUCUGUUACCACUCUUUGGAAGUGGUUAUUUUGAGAAUUACUAUUCUAGUUCGGGUAUUUGUAUCUCUCUACCUCUGUCAGUGUACCGUAAGCCAGGAUGGGAGUAUUCCAUGGCAUUAUUUGUUGGUGCCAACUUUCUUAUUUUCAUUGCGAUAUUUGUGGGGCAGUUGGUUAUAUUUGCCACUGUUGUGAGAAUGGGAGUGAAUGUUAACUCCAGCCAUUCUGCACAAAGAAGGAGAGAAAUUAACUUGGCCAAGACACUUGUUGCUGUCGCCAUUACAGAUAUGUUGUGCUGGAUACCUGUUGGUGUAAUUGGCCUACUAACCUUCAAGGGCACUGAUGUCACAGCACAGGUGUACGCCUGGGUCAUUGUCGUUGUACUCCCCAUCAACUCGGCCUUGAACCCUAUGAUCUAUACGUUUUCUGAAAUACUGAGACGAAGAGGGAAAGCAUAUAAGAACGAACACUUACAGCAAAGAACUAAUAGUUCAAGUACAUGUACAAAGGAAGAUCAAAACCUCGGCGAAAUAAACCAGGUGUCACUUGUUGAUGAAGGAACGUCGGGACAAUCUGAAGAUUGCAUGACGCCAUCGCCAGAACGACCGGAAGCCCUCGCUGAGGAAUAUAUGUGAUUGAUUAAUAUGGUAUAAAUUUAAAAAACAAAAUCGAUCAGUAACCAUGUAUCCGGAAUAUUUUCACUUUAAUCUUUUAUCUCUCUCAUAUUUAUCCGAACAUUUUUGUAUGUGUGCUAGAUCAUUUUUUUUUUAAAUUGCAAAAUGUAU